AUGUCACGGUCUUCCCUGGAUGACCUGGAGAGUCAUGAGUCUCGUGAUCGACUGUUGAAGAAUGGCGAUGACCAUUUCAAUGACUCGAGAGACUGGGAAACACACAUUGAGCAAUCAUCCAAGCAGCGGGUGCCCAACUACAUGUCUGCCAUUGCAUUUACAUCUAUCUUACUUAACCUUCUUUUGAUCAUCUCAUCUCUUUGCCUGUGGGCGAGAACAAGAUCACCCUUACCUCCCUGGCCUAAUAUUCUCUAUUCUCCGGCCCAGAGUGCAGUCGAGUACGAAAUAGUCACUUUCAAUUCAGAUUUCCCUGAAGACCACUCGGGAACAACAGACUUCUAUGGCGCAUCUCCAGAAGCAGAAGAGGCAUGGAGAAAUCUGAUGAAGCCUUAUCUGGUCAGGAUACCUGGCCAAGAAGCAUCACGAUUAUCCCGUCCUACGUCGCAGAUCUCUAGAGAUCCAGACUACUACAUUACCAGUCUUGAUGUAUACCACCAACUGCACUGCCUUAAUGACAUUCGGAAGAUGGUGAGGGACUUCAACUCGACAGAAGGAGGUCUGGGCAGAUUACAAACCAUGCACAAGUUUCACUGCAUUGACUCUAUUAGACAAAGUCUUAUGUGCAAUGCUGACUUGAGUUUGAUACAUUGGUAUUGGGCACCGCAAGUCGGGAAGAACUUUCCAAAUGCAACUACGACACAUAUUUGUCGGAAGUGGUCAUUAAUUGAAGAGUGGGCGAUGGGCCACAGGCUUGACCAAGAUGACUAUGAUCCAAGGACGCAUAUUGAGUAA